AAGAGCAAUUAUUUGAUCUUUCUCUUCCUCUUCCCCUGAACUCUUGGCAUUGAAUUUUUUAAGCAUGUCAUCAGUAUGUUCAAAACUGACAUGACUCAAAGUAACGAGACAGUCCCCAUCUAAUUUGCAGUAAUGCCUCAACUGAUCUCACAGAAAGGCGAUUUCUCAGUUUUGAGUGAACAGCAUUUAUCUGUGAAAAGAUUCUUUCCACUGAGGCAUUUGAAAAAGGGGGAGAUGAUAAUGUCACUGCAAGGCCUGAAACAUUUGGGAAACUUUUCUCUCCUGCAGUUUUUCCUUUCAGUCACUUCGCCCCAAAACUCUAUUACAUUAUCCAGGCAACUCUUGGGCCAUUGGUGAAGUCUAAGGUUAAUCCAUUAAUUUUCAAGAUCAUCCACAUCCUCAAAUGCAGACCUAAACCUUGCACCAAUAGGGGCAAGAGACUCCUUUGUCAGAGAUGUGGCAAUAGAUGGAUGAAAACAUUUCACCAAGAGAAGAAUGUCUACAUUUUCUCGUAACCUCAUUGGAACUUGGUUUAUGAUUUCAAUUAUAAAAGUUUUGGACCUCUUUCAUAUACUUGAUUUGAUCUUCAUCCACAAAACAAGCAGCUGUAAAGUUUGUGAACUCGUAACCAAAGUUCAUUGCAUCACAUGGUCAAAAAUUAUAGAUUAAUCAGAUUGGUGGGGCGGUAUCCGUAGAGCGAUGUUGGCGAAACCCGUGUUGCCCCUGUGGUGGUUUGUUAUUUGAUACUAGGUAGGUUCUGGUUCUAAUGUUGAUUAUUUUUUUUCGAAUAUUUUACCCGGUACUUCUAGUGAUGAUACAGGUCUAAAGUUCAAUGGGUCUGUAGUUAUUUUGUUGGGUUUAGAUAUUAGUUUGAUUUUUGUGUGCACUGUCUUCCUCCACCACUGGUCCUCCUCUCUGUGCCGCCGCUGCCUUCCUUCCUCUUCUUGCCAUGCCUCUUUCUUCUUCAGUUGUUCUCUUCGCUUUCUCUCACACCAGCACGUCAUGAUGUUCACUACACCACCGACGCUCAAUUUCGCUAAAAUGAUCACUACAUUAAUUUUGUCACUGUCAAGAAUACCCUCACGCAGCAUGAUGUUCACUAGAACACUUGAGUUUCGCUUUCGUCAGAAUCCUCACUGCAUCAAUUUUGUCAAGAUAAAAAAAAAAUAAUCUUUCAUAUCAGCAGCCCUUACGUUGCGCCGCCUCUACAUUAAUGGUGUAUGUUUCACUGUUCAUUGUGUUCCUCGUGUCUGAUGUCUCCACGUGGUGAGUCUGCCCUGUUUUGAUCUUCUUCACUUUUAACUCCACUCUCAAGGGAGUUUCCGCACUUCCUCACAUUCCUCCUGUCUUGCCUUUCCUCGCAGGUGAUUGGCCAGAAUAACGGUCACUGUGGUUCAUGUACCUCAAAUUGUAGCAUCUGAUUGGCUGUCUUCCGACAAUCUGAUUGGUCAGCUCCUGAUCGUGAUCCACUGCCUCCGUAUAAAAAGGCCAGUAUGAGUACCCUGAAAUCAGUCAUCAGAGAGAGAGCGUAGGAGCAACAUCUCCCCUGUCGUAACAGCGUCUUAAUUGUCAAGUGUAAAUCGUACUCGGAAAGCAUAUCGCGUGUAGUAUCAUCAGGGAGAAACAUCUAUCAGCAAGAAAAAGCGACUAGAAGUAAAUUAACAGCGGAAUACUACGGCAAAAGCAAGGAUGAGUCCCCCUUUUGCCGGAAGUAUUCACGCUAUGCUCGGCGUGGCUCGCGACGCUCCCGUGGAGGAGAUCAAGCGGGCCUAUCGACGAAAGGCCCUCGAAUUGCACCCCGACAAGAACCCGGGGGACGCAGCUGCUGCAACCGUGCGAUUCCAGCAGCUGCAGGCGGCGUACGAGACGCUCUGCCGCCAGAAGGAGGCCGGCGGGGAGCCACAGGAAAGGCAGGAGAAGAAGGAGGAGUGGAAACGAGAAGAGCAGCAGGAAAAGGCGUGGAAGGAAGAGGAUGGAAGGCAGCGGCAGCGUAAAGAGGAAGACCGGUGGUGGGAAAAGGACGAUAAACGGAAGAAGAAAAAGAAAAGGCAGAGAAAGAAGCAGAGCAGCGAAGCACCGGAGGAGGAGGAGGAGGAGGAGGAGGAGAAUGAGGAGAAAGAAAAGGAAGAAGAGGAGGAGCAGGCGGAAGAAAGGGCGAAGUACUGGGAGGAUGAAGAGAGGGGGAAGGACUGGGAAAAGAAGAAAAAGAAUGAGAGAAGGCACCGAAAAGAUAAGAAUCAGAUGAACGAAAAUACAUGGGAGAGAAAGUGGAGCAAGAAAACAGCAGAAGAGGAGGAGGAAGAAGGGGAGGAGGAGGAGGAGGAGGAGGAAAAGGUGGGGAAGGAAGAAGAAAGGCAAAUGGACUGGGAGGAAAGAAAGAAACAGGAGACGGGGCCCCGCAAAGACAAGGAGGAAAUAAAGAAAGAGAGAGCAUGGGAGAGGAAGAGGAAGAAUAAAAGAACAUCAGAGAAGGAAGAGCAGGAGGAGGAGGAGAAGGAGGAGGAGAAGAACUGGAAAGCGGAGAAACCAGUGGGUAAGCAGAAUGCAAGGGAGAGAAGGAAGAAGCGAAGAGAGGAAGAGAGAAAGAGACAACAAGAUGAAGAGGUGAGGAUGAGAAGACGGCGACAUGAGGAACAGAGAAAGGCGAACGAACGAAAGAGGGAGAUGGAGGAGGAGAAGGAGAAAGAGGAAAGCAGGAGGAGGAAAGAAGAGGAAGAGCGGGAGAAAGAGAGAGUUAAACACCAAGAGAAGGAAAGGAUUAGGCGAGAAGAAGAAGAGAAGGAGAAAGAAAAGGUUAGACGAGAGGAAGAAGAGAGAGAGAAAGAGAGGCUUAGAAGGGAAGAGGAGGAGAAGAAGCAAGAGAACAUCAGGCGAGAAAAAGAACAGGAGAGGAUGAGAAGGAAGCGACAAACAGAGGAGACAGAAGAAGAGGAAAGGAAGAGAAGGAGAGUAGAAGAGUACCAGGAGGAGGAGGAGGAAGGAAAUGAAAGCAGUAAACAGGAGGAAGAAGAAGGGAGGUGGGAUGGAGGGAGAAGGAGGCUGCAGAGGACGUUGAAGGCAGUGAGGCAGAGAAGGAAGAGAGAGGGGAUAAAGAGACGCGGCGAGGAGAGAGUGAGACGCCAGCAGGAAUUGGAGGAAAAAUUGAGGCAACACCUGGAGGAGGAAAGGAGGAAGCAGCAAGAGGUGGAGGGAAUAAGACAGGAGGAAAAGAUGGAAAGGAUGAGAAGAGAACAGGAGGAAGAGAGGAGGGAACAGGAAGAGGGAGAAAAGGAAGAGAAAGGACAGGAAGAACACGCAGGACGGGACAGAAAACGAGACGAGGAACGCAAUAAGCGGCCUUUGCGCUGGAAGAAAAUAGCGUUUGGUUUUAAAGAAAUCGUUCAAAAAUUCUGGAAAAAAAUAAAAAACAAAAAAUCGAAAAAAAAGACUGAAUGAGUGAAUUAAAUAAGAAAAGAUAGAAAAAAU